AUGAGAUUAAUAUCUGAUAUUGAGAAGUCUGUGAGCACUGCUGCUGGUGUAGGCUCAUCUGGAUCUGCUUCUGCUGCUCGUGAGGUUACAAUGGUUGGUUUUGAUGAUAUCCUGUAUCAAAUAUUGGACAAGAUCACUGGAGAUGCACGGGAGCGCCAAAUUCUACCGAUUGUUGGAAUGGGUGGGAUAGGCAAGACCACUCUUGCUCGGAAUAUCUAUGUAAGUCCACUUGUCCAGGAGUCUUUUGGUGUUUUUGCAUGGACUACAAUUUCCCAAGAGUAUAAUGCAAAAGAAAUUCUUAGACAAGUUCAUGAUCAAGUAGGCAUGGGGAAGGGGGAUGAUUUAAGUGAAUAUGAGUUAGGAGAUCAUUUGUUCAAGUAUUUGUUUGGAAGGAAGUAUUUUAUUGUAAUGGAUGAUAUGUGGAACAUAGAAGCAUGGGAUCGAGUUAGAAGCUUCUUCCCGGGUAAUAGAAACGGGAGUAGAAUAGUAGUGACGACAAGGCUAUCAAACUUGGCGUCUCAUUUUAACUACUCCAGUGGUCUUGAUUUGAAAUUUUUAGAUGAGUUUGCCAGUUGGGACCUAUUUUGCCAAACUGUGUUCGGGGAAGAAGCUUGCCCUCUUGAGUUAGAGGAUGUUGGGAAAAAGAUUGUGAACGGUUGUAAGGGACUUCCACUGUCAAUUGCUGUGAUAGGGGGGCUUUUAUCAAAAUCUGAACGAACAAAAGAAAGUUGGGGAUUGUUUGAAAGCAAUUUAAGUUCAGUUGUAAAUUUGGAAGAUAAUGAAAGUUGCUUGCAAAUAUUAUACAUGAGUUAUAAUAAUUUGCCAGUUCAUCUAAAACCGUGUUUUCUCUAUUUCGGAAGAUAUGUUGAAGAUGAAGAGAUUCGAGUAUCAGAACUCAUCCUAGAUUUGAGCGCCGAAGGAUUCGUAAAACCAAUUAAUGGGAAAAGUUUGGAAGAGGCAGCAGAAAAGUAUGUAGAAGAUUGUUGA